GUGCUCUUAAAUACCACAUUGGACCAUGCAUUGCAAAAGGCCACUCCUCUGUCUCAUAAUAUAGUCAAUCAUUCGCCCCUUGCGUUAAGGCCCCACAAUUAUAUUGGUUUAUUAGAUACUAUUGUUCUCCUCUUACCUUGAUUCAUCUGAUUCCUAACAUGUGUUAGUUGAACAGGAUGUUAUUUUCAGUGAAGGGAGUAUAAUUUAUCGGUAAUGUCAUUUAGUGAGCAGUCCCUGACAUAAAUCAAAGCUGCAAAGGCUGUCCGAACUGUUUGAUGAGUUGGAUUGAUGCCAUUAAAUCUGCAUUGUUCUGAAUUCAGUUUACCAGCUUUUAGCAAUUAAUUCCGGUCCAAGUUGAAUAUAAUCAUAGCAGGCUCAGUUCAGAUUAGGGAGUUGUUGACACAUUCUAUAUUGUUUUUGUUCAAACAUGAUGGGUAUUUUGUUUUUGUGUGUUUCAAUUGUCAAAUAACUAAUCACAAUUGGAAGUUAGUACUAUUGCUGGAACUGUUGAGCAAAUCUUGCAUGCAGGCGCAUUCCAACCACUGCAAUCCACCUGCAUAUAUAUCCAUCAUGUCAUGGCCACCUUAAGAGGUAACACCAAAAAGGUCCAUUGAUGCACUUAGUGAACUGUGUGUUGUUCUGCAACCUGCAAGGAAACAAGUUCAUUAGAGCUUAUCCAGUCAACUGCUGCAUCACCUAGCCAUUAUGUUUGUUGAGGUUGUUACAAGAGAUAUUAGUGAGCUAAACCUACCAAAGAACACAUCGAUUUCUUUUCCCAAUGGCAAGGAUGAUCUGAUGAGUUUUGAGAUCGUCAUCCGACCUGAUGAAGGAUAUUACAUGAGUGGCUCUUUUGGUUUUACCUUCCAAGUAUCUCCGUCUUAUCCCCAUGAGCCUCCAAAGGUCAAGUGCAAGACAAAGGUCUACCAUCCAAAUAUUGAUUUGGAAGGAAAUGUAUGUCUGAACAUUUUGCGUGAAGAUUGGAAGCCUGUUCUCAACAUUAACACUGUUAUUUAUGGCCUGAAUCUUCUGUUUACGCAACCAAACGAUGAGGAUCCCUUGAACCAUGAAGCAGCUGCAGUCCUUCGUGACAAUCCAAAGAUGUUUGAGGCUAAUGUUAGAAGAGCAAUGGCUGGAGGUUACGUGGGUCAACACUAUUUUCCGAGAUGCGCAUGAUGCUGGCUGUUGAAUAUUACUGUCUUAUGCUGCCUUUAAAGUCAUUUGGGUCCGUAUCUUACACCAGCAUGCCCAACAUUGUUGUGUUUGAGUGGGUCAAAGGCUGUUGAAAGCAUCAAAACUGCCCAAGGUGCGAUGUUGAUGUUGCCCAUUGUUGUGGUAUGCUUACAAAUCUGUAAAUUGGUGAUCUGGUGGUGAUACAGAUAACAAGGAUAUGGUGUAUCUUUAACUGCGGAACUCAUAUAUCCUGAAUCUCAUAUACUGUGGCGACGCUUUGGCCCAUUUUGUUA